CUUGCUCUCAGUCUGUGGAUGGGCAGUCGGUCAUUCACACACUCAGACAGGUAUAUAGAGCAACCUGCAUUAUUGACCAGAGCGCGUCUCUCCUCGUAUAGAUGAGAAACAUCAGUAUGAAACAUGACCAACCGGUAAUCCGCAGCGUGAAGGCAUCCGGUAGUUUAUGGAAGGAAUUAACUCAAGGACUAGAAAAAUGGCUUGCAACCUGCAAAACUCUAUGGAGGGCCUCAUCGAUGUGUUCCAUUCCUAUUCUGGAAAAGAAGGUGACAAGUACAAGCUGAGCAAAGGUGAACUGAAGAACCUGUUGCAGGGAGAACUCGCCGACUUCAUGGCAUGCAGCAAAGACCCCAAUGUGAUUGACAAGAUUAUGAGUGACCUGGAUGAAAACAAGGAUGGUGAAGUGGACUUCCAGGAGUUUAUUGUUCUGGUUGCUGCACUGAGUGUCGCCUGCCAUGAAUUCUUCAAAGACUGUGAUAAGAGCUGCAUGAAAGACGAGAAGGACCGUGGUUCUAAGAAAGACUGAAAUUAUAAUAUUUCACAUUAAAUCAAUAAAUGUUUGUCAUGUUGGAUGUAAAGGUUUGACUCAUUCCUUACCCACAGAACCUUGUAAUGUUGCAAAAGAUGCAUCCCAACCACCUUAAAGUCUUCUGCCUUAAUAAAAUGAUAUCCUGUU